AUGGAGAAUGAAGAGGGUUACACAGAACUUCAUUUCAAAGCAAGGAAGAAAAGCUCCACUGCAGAACUUCCCUCCAGUUCUUCAGGCUUGCGGUAUCUUGCUGCUUUCUCAGGAUUUCUGAAUGUUGUGUUGCUGGCAGCUGUGAUCACCUUAAUUCAGCAAUGUGACUUGCUAUCAAGUGAUGUGUGGAAGGCCAGAAAAAAUCUUUCUGAAAGUGACAGUAUCAUUGAGGAAGAUCUUCAUGAAAGCAGUUUACUGGCUACAUUAAAGGAAAGCUUAUGCAUGCAUACGAAUGACUCCAGAUGUGAACUCUGCCCCAUUGGCUGGAAGCUGCAUUAUGGGAGAUGUUAUUUCUACUCAGAAACUCGUGACACCUGGGAGAACAGUAGAAAGUAUUGCUCAGGAAAAAAAUCUGAGCUCCUGAUUAUAGAGGAUGAGGCUGAAAUGGAUUUCUUAAACAAACUGAAGGAUAAAGACAUUGGCUUUGUUUGGACUGGAUUAAGCUUUGAUGAAGAGGAAGGAAGAUGGAUUUGGCUCAAUAAUCCCAAACAUCCAGGGCACAGUUUCACAAUAAAAGGAAGGAAGAAAGAAGAAAAAUGUGCUGCCUAUAAGCUGACAGAAAUGCAUGCUGACAACUGCCAUUCCCUGUACAAGUGGGUCUGCAAGAAGAGUGCAGUCCUUCUGGGUGUCUAA